ACGUCUCCGGUGAACCUAGCAGCAAUGAAUGUACUAUCAGUGGUCCAUUGUUGGUGUUCGGUUUGCUGAGCAGGUAAAUGAUUGUGAGGAGAAAGAAACACGGAGCGUGGGGCGAUAGAUGCUUGCGACGGUUGAGCGACGAGAUUGUGAGAUGGUACCCCAGACGUCGAUCGGUGGUUCGCGGCCAAGCUUUCAGGAGCUAAACAAGGGCAGUACACCAAGCAGAUUCUUCGGCACGCACACGCUUUCCCUUCAUAUCAUCGACAAGCUCCGUCCGCGAGUCGGAAGGAUAAUCUGGGUUCCUGGUACAACAUGUCGUACACUCCGCCGUUGCAACACUCGUGAUGACCCUGUUGGAUUCCAAGGUAGUACUCCUCUAGCUGCAGCCAGCCAACCCCAACUGAGACGUGAGCCGUGUAGUUCACGUGGAUCAUGUUGUGCUCAUGUUCUUGCCCGAGGCUCUUUCGCGCCAACGACACAGGCCGUAUUGUGGUGGUUCCCUGAGUCAGGCCACGGAUGGAAGUCUGGUUCGCCGGGCCUUUUGGCAGCUUUGACAAAACAGCUGACUGUCACGCCGCCACGGACUCCCUCUGCUCAGUGCGGAAACGUUGAGAUCUCCAAGUCGCACCAUGGGGCUUAUUGGCUGUUUUGACUCCUGCACUGCGACAUCAAAAGCAACGCUACACUGUCCUGGUAUUUUACCUGGGCAUAUCAUCACAGCAACACUACGAUGAAUACCUCGCCUGUUGCCAAGGCGCGCGCGAUCGUUGCUGGUGUGCUAAAGAGACGCGUUUCAGGCACCAGCAACGUUUCCAAUAUAUCAGUCCAAAAUCACGCAUGUUCUCAUUCUUCAACUACUUAGUUCGGCGGAGUUCAGGGGCACGAAGGAUCGGCGCA